UAUCCAAGAUGGCUGCGCCCUGUCCAAAAAAUCGAAAGUUCCAGGCAAGGAAGAUUUUGCUGGUCAAUUACGGACAAGAGGGAUUGUACAACUUGUGAUAAUUGGUCAUGCGUGCAGUUAGAUCAUAAUUUGAAUGCCUAAAACGUAGUAGAAGUGACACAGGAACGAGGGCUAUACGCUCGGUACUUGUUUCACGCCCCCCUCCCUCCCUUCUGUGGUGGUACAUAGCUGGUUGUUUUGGAUUCAGAAACAGUAAAACAUGGUAGAAAACAAAGACACGGAUACAGGCAGAAGUGCACCGUACAGAGCUGCUUACCUCAACACGCUCACACACUACUUGGACGGACACGUGAACGCUGUACGGAAUGCCUCCACCGUGCUAGCCAUCGCGGGGUUGGCCUUCGCAGCCCGAGGUGUUCGCCUGUUCAGCAAGUUUUACACCGUUGCCGACAUACCCCCUCACUUCAUCCAGAAGAACAUCAGACUACAGGGGAAGGUGAUCCAAGUGAAAGACCAGCAUCUCCAAGUCGAGCACAUCCCUAUACUGUACCUCAGGAUUCCCUAUCUGAUGAAGAAACAAGAAGGAACCAUAGGUGUGCACCUUGCAGGUGUGAAGUUCGAGGAAGGUGCGGUCGAGUGGCUCAACGACAAUGUGCACGCUCAAGCAGUUUUCUUCAAGAUGCUGCAGAUCAAUUCCUGCCAGGAGCUGGACUGUGUGGUCACAACAAGGAGGCCUGGCUGGAGGGGACUGUUCUCGAGCAUGUGUUUGAAUGAAGAGCUUAUACGACAGGGUUUGGGAAAGGUAGCACCCAUAGAAGGCAUGCACGUCGGGGCCACGUACGUGAAGCUGACAAAAAUGCUGCUAAGAGCUGAACUGGUUGCAGAGAGGAAACGUCGGGGAGUGUGGACAGAGCCUACUGUACUAGAAAGGUACAGGGCCAGGUAUGACAAUGCAAAGGACGAAAUGAAGAUGGCAGUUCAAAGGAGAAAGCAGGCUGUGGUGGAAGCUGGGAAAGUUUUGGCAUCACCUGUAGCAUUGUUUAAGAGUUUGUGGAAAUUUGUCUCAAAGAGAUUCAGAAAAGAGUAACAUUGGUAU